AUGCCGUUUACGUCCUUUAUCAACCGCUUUUUCACUCGCUCCUUUGCCUUGUCGUCGCCCAAAAUGUCCAUUGCACCCGAAGGCGCCAACGGCGCCGCCACCUCGGCCGCCCUCCCCGACGGCGCACAGCUCUGCACCGUCGCGGCCGGCUGCUUCUGGGGCACCGAGCAUCUCUACCGCCGCCACUUUGCCGGCAAGGGCCUCCUCGACGCCAAAGUCGGCUACAUUGGCGGCGACCUGAGCGAUCCGAGCUACCGUGCCGUCUGCGGCGGCAAAACUGGGCACGCCGAAGCCGCGCAGCUCACCUUUGACCCCAAACAAGUCUCCUACCGCCAGCUCCUCGAGUUCUUCUACCGCUUCCACGACCCCACGACCCUCAACGCCCAAGGGCCCGACACCGGCCCGCAGUACCGCUCCGCCAUUUACUUCCACGACGCCGAGCAGGAGCGCGUCGCGCGCGAGGUCACGGCCCAGGCCAACGCCCAGUGGUGGAAGGGCGGCAUCGUCACCGAGAUUGCCCCCGCCGGCAAGUGGUGGACGGCCGAGGAGUACCACCAGCUGUACCUCGACAACAACCCGGCCGGCUACGAGUGCCCCAGCCAUUACCUGCGCCCGUUUAAGCCGCUCGAGUGA